CAAGUUUGCCACCGGCGGGAUACAAGGGGACACACGCAGCACUGAGGAGGAAGUGAGACGAAGUGACCGCGUUCAAACAAAGUGUCCGUGAGUUUCUGUUGGGAAAGCAUCAAGAUCUGCGGCAAACUGUGCAGGAUUGCGUUCAUCUCCAAAAUCCGGGUUGCAGCCGGAGAGAGAAGAUGGCAGCCGGAAAAAGUGGACCCCAGUAAGCAGCAGAGAUCGUGUUUGUGGCUCCCACUUUUCUUCAGGUGAUUGGCAGGAGGAGGAGAGGAAUGUUGGCAGCCAUUUAGUCUGAGCUCAACAACGGAGGAAACAUGGAUUCUUCACAAAAAAAAUGUAAACACAGCAAUGGAGUGAGAUGUCGGACCUCUGAGGAGGAUAAGGAUGGUUCAGCAACAACAGCAAAAAGAGAUGAAUCACUGAGUUGUGAGCAAUGUGGCAAGACUUUUAUCACAGCAACAAAGCUAAGAAUUCACAAAUGUAUUCACACUGUGGAGAAACCAUUCAGCUGUGAUCAGUGUGGAAAGGCUUUUACUCAGAAGAGUAACUUAAAAAGACAUCAACUCAUUCACAGUGGAGUUAAACCAUUCAGCUGUGAUCAGUGUGGAAAGGCUUUUACUCAGAAGAGUCACUUAAAAAGACAUCAACUCAUUCACAGUGGAGUUAAACCAUUCAACUGUAAUCAGUGUGGAAAGGCUUUUACUCACAAGAGUACGUUAAGACAUCAUCAACUCAUUCACAGUGGAGUUAAACCAUUCAGCUGUGAUCAGUGUGGAAAGGCUUUUACUGAGAAGAGAACGUUAAGAAAUCAUCAACUAAUGCACAGUGGAGUUAAACCAUUUAGCUGUGAUCAGUGUGAGAACGCUUUUACUCACAAGAGUACGUUAAGACAUCAACUCAUUCACAGUGGAGUGAAAUUGUUCGGCUGUGAUCAGUGUGGAAAGGCUUUUACGCACAAGUGUAAUCUCGCAAAUCAUCAACUCAUUCACAGUGGAGUUAAACCACUAUCAGUGUGUGAUCAGUGUGUGAAAACCUUUACUCAACAUGAACAGUUGUUGAUCCAUCAAUGCCCCCAUUCUGGUAGAAAGCGGUCCCACUGUGACUCCUGUGAAAAAAGUUUCAGCUCCCAACAGAGCUUAAAACGUCACCAACGCAUCCACACUGGACAUGAUGUUUACGUAUGUGAUUACUGUGGUGAACCAUUUGUAUUGUACUCACAGUUAAAAGCUCAUGAAGUGACCCACACUGGGGUUAAACCAUACCUUUGUGACCAGUGUGGGAAACGCUACAGCUACAUUGCAAACCUCAAAGUUCACCAACGUGUCCACACUGGGGAGAGACCAUACAGAUGUGACGAGUGUAAGAAGACUUUUACAACUUUGGGUUCCCUGAAACAACACCAGCAGAUCCACACCAGAAAGGAAGCAUUCAAUCAGUGUCACAGUGAGCAGAACGGAACAGAUGGACAAAACUCUCAGACUUGUCAGCACUCUGCCAAUGGUGAACAGUGCUGCUUUGACCAGUCUGGACCAACGUCCAACCAACAAGGAGCCCAACACCGACACGAGCGUAUGGACACUGGACACAGACUGAACCCCUGCCAAGAAGAUUUCUCCAUGCAGGGUUCAGUAAAAGUUGAUGAAGUCCUCCACAAACUUAGAGUCCUUGAGAUCCGGCUUCACAGAAUUCAGGUCUCAUUUCUUGUUUAGUGUCUUCAUUGCAACAUCCAUUAAGAGGAAAGCUGUCAUUAACAGACGUGACUGGUAAAUUAAUUAAACCAUUCAAAGUGGUUACUCAGUUAAAUGAAUUAUCAGUGGUAGAGGGAUAGAUGUCUGGAUGGAGGCAGUGAGCAGCAGGGCAAAUUUCUUCAAUUACUAGCUUAAUCGUUCUUCAGAUCCCUCUGGGCUGCAGGAAGCCGUUAGAUGCAGAGCUGGUUCAGUGAUUCUCUGAUGAUUAAUCCUAAUUAAUUUAGGAGAUUACUGGCCUUAGGAUUUCCAUCCAUCCAUCCAUCCAGGGACAAUGAUGAAGAAUCUCUAAUAUUGAACAAGUAGAUCAACUAAUCUCUGAUUAUGUGUGAGUUGAAAUAUAAAAACAUGAAGUGUUCUAUGAAAAGUCCAAUCUUUGAAAGCUGACUUGUAGUUUAGAAUCAUUUCUUUGUAAAUUAGCUGCAUCCAGUCAUUACCAUGACAUUGGUAUCAUGGAACCAUGACCACAUAUGUGUCUGGAGAUGGUGGCAUUUUUAUAACGGCACAUUUUCAUGCUUUGACAGAUACAGUGAGGGGAAAAAAGUUUUCAGACACCCUGAAAAUAUUUACAAAAUCUUAAAUGUUAUCAUGAAAUAUUUGUUGAAAAGUCUUUUUUGUUUGUUGUUUACAAGAAAAACUAACAAAACUAAAUUCUACCAAAUUUCUCAUUUUAUGGAACCAGUCAAUUUUCAGUUUUUAAUGUCUUUUUUAGGAUGUGUUUAGUUUUAUGAUUGUACUAAAAUAAAUGACUCUUGAAGACCUCAAAGUGAUUCUUAAUGCGGUAUUUCACAAAUGUAUGGGAUGUCCAAAAACUUUUUUCCACUGCUGUAUUUAACAGCAAUCUGAUCUGCUGAUGUUAGCAAGACAAACAAGUGAAGGUUUCAGGCUUUUAUCUAGAAUUGUUCUUGAGAUAUUCAUCAUCAAACAGCCUCAAAUUUCAAUGUGAGAAAAUGAAAACGAGUGAAACUGGGUCUACAGUCCACUGAAAAACCUCUAAGAAAGUAUCUGACAUACUGAGCUAAUAUUUCAUGGAUACCAUUAGAAAUAUCCAUAGUUUAUGAUUUAAAAAAAAGUUUUUUGGGAGAUGGUCAGUGAUUUGAAACGGAGUUCAACUGUUGAAAAACCUCAAUCUCUGAUUCCAGCAUCAGUGCUCCAUUGUUGCAGUUGUAACGUUGUCUUUCAGAUGGUCCUAACACAGGCCACAACUGCUCUGGAAACAACACUCAUGUUCUUGUUUGGAACAGUUUCUCAGUAGAAAUUACACAGCAAUGUCCAAGUUCUCAGCGGCUCCAGUAAGGAAGACUCUUAAUGUGAGGAAAAGCAUCCUUUGAAUUCUUCCUGGAGGUUGUUCUUGUCAGAAAUUGUCUUCCAGUGAGAGACUUCUGACUCUCUGUUCACUUUUCUUGCCCUCUAAUAUUGUUAAAACACAAGAAUCUUGUUUUGGUUCAAAUCACAUUGUAUUUGCAUGUCGCUCUGUGUUUUUUGCUCCAGGAAUUGGGUGAUGUGUACGACCCAGCACCCACAGCUGGUUGGGUGUCAUGUGGCUCUGCGUUCUGAUUGGAUGAUUGUCCAACCACUGCCACAAGUAUGAAGGUCAUCCUGCAGGUGUGGCAGGAACACGAAGUGGAAACACAAUAGGGCUGAAUCCCAAACCGCCCCCUACACACUAUCCCUACACACUACGGCUGAAUCCCAAACCGCCCCCUACACACUGUCCCUACACACUACCCCUCCGUUUGCGCGUUCCCGCGGAGGGUCCUCCAUAUUAAGGGCCGUCCCAAACCACGUAGUGCGGAGGGGGAGUGGACUGUUCAGCCCUUAAAUAGCGAGUCUGCAUCGAUGCUCACUCUGGACAACUUUUUCAGGAAGUGCAACGUCGAAAUGGAGGAGGAAACAAACAUAUUGAUGUGAGUUCCACAUGCGUCCAUUAUUUCUCCCACGCCUUUUUCACACUGACAGAACAUCACAAAAAGAGUGGUGAAAAAAGAUAAAACAAAAGAAACAAAUCUUCUUCUCUGCUGACGUUUGAUUUAAUUGUGCACCCCCUGACACCUUAAAAUUUGAACACAACUGACAGAAUUCAUUUAUUCAUUCAUUUGUUGGAUUUGAAAUGCCAGAUAAUAGGAUUGGAAAACAUGU